GUAGCACUACGAUUAUUUCAUUAUUCAUGAGCUGUGUACAGCUGCUAAUGCUUUAGUAUGAACACACUGCACAGUGUUGUGGCAGAAACAAAAGAUGCGAAACGCUUAAACUAACGUUAAUCGUUCAGGUCUAGUUUAGACUUCAACUACGGUAAGCUGAUGAGGAUCUGCUCAAGCACUUGAAUGAAGAUCUUUGUAAUGCUGGACUGCAUGAGAGCUACAAUUCUGUGGCAAAGUAUCCAGAGAUGAACAUGUUUAAAAUUAUUGAUGUACAUUUUAAGAAAACUCUCCAUCCACAGACAGACGAAGAGAGGGCACCAUAGAGGCGUGUUUGACACUAGAAUAGUUAUAUUUAUAAGGCACAUCUAGAGGCAAAGAUGUUUUCCGCUCUAAAGAAGCUGGUUGGCUCUGAGCCAGCUGGUCCGAUAAAGGACAAGAACAUCCCUGCCGGCCUACAGUCCAUGAACCAGAGUCUGCAGAGACGAUUCGCCAAAGGAGUUCAGUACAACAUGAAAAUAGUAAUCAGAGGAGACAGAAACACGGGAAAGAGCACCCUGUGGCAUCGGCUCCAGGGUAUGAAGUUUCAGGAAGAAUACAUCCCCACUCAGGAGAUCCAGGCCACUAGUAUCCACUGGAAUUACAAAACUACUGACGAUGUGGUGAAGGUGGAGGUGUGGGACGUGGUAGAUAAAGGCCAAAAAAUCCCCAUUCCUGAAGGUGUAGGCAAGGGGAAAAAGAGGGGUGAAACUUUGAAGUUGGAGAAUGAACCUCAAGAGCAGACAGAGAGUGAAAUGGCUUUGGACGCUGAGUUUCUGGACGUGUAUAAGAACUGCAAUGGUGUGAUCCUGAUGUUUGACAUCACCAAACAGUGGACUUACAAUUAUAUUCUGCGGGAGCUGCCUAAGGUGCCCACUCACGUGCCGGUUUGUGUUCUUGGUAAUUAUCGUGACAUGGGAGAACACAGAGUCGUGUUGCCUGAUGAUAUCCGUGACUUCAUUGCUGGCCUUAACAGGCCCCUUGGCUCCUCUUACAUCCAUUAUGCAGAAUCUUCCAUGAAGAACGGCUUUGGUUUGAAAUAUUUGCACCGAUUUUUCAACAUUCCAUUCCUACAGCUUCAGCGAGAGACCCUGUUACGCCAACUGGAGACCAAUCAGUUGGACAUUGAUGCCACGCUAGAAGAGCUAACAGUCCAACAGGAGACGGAAGAUCAGAACUAUGAUAUUUUCCUGGAAAUGAUUGAUUCUCGCGGUAAAGGCUUCAACUCCCCCGGCCCUGCUAAUGGACAGAGCCCGUCCUCCGGCUCGCAGUCUCCCAUCGUUCCUCAGAGCGGAUGCUCCACCAGCAGCUCCAGCCCCUGUAGCCCCCAGCAGCCACCCAUUCCUUCCCAGGCCCCGAAGUCUCCGUCACCUUCUCCGUCCCCUCCUCCUCCCAUUAUUCCUUCAACCCAAGCGCCCGCUUAUUCUCCCUCCCCUUCUCCCGCCCACCACGACCCAGCCAUAUGUGCUCCAGCGCAGGCUUCUGCUCCUCAACCCCAGAAGCGCAGCUUCAUUUCCAGGCUCUUUGGCACAGCUUCUACACAGGAGCCUUCGGAUGUCACCCAAGAGGCAGAAGCCGCUCCUCCUCUAGUUCAGAGCGUGGAUGAUUUUGUGCCAGAUGAGGGACUAGACAAAAGCUUCCUGGACGACAGUCUGACUUCUAACACGAGACACGCCAUGAACAAUCAGCCCUCUACAACAGGCAUUGGAGACAGUGACAGUGAUGGUGAAGGAAGAGAGGGUAACCCUAUGGUCGCUGGGUUCCAGGAUGAUUUGGACCCAGAUGAUGUAGAACUGGAGCCCACAGAAUCUGUUACCAAUACAGGCCAUUAUAUCACUCUCUCCAGUGAUGAGGAGGGUCCAAAACCUACCGUAGAACAGGAUGAAGAUUUGGAUCUUGAACCUCACAAACACUUGGACGCGUUGGAUUUAUCAUCACUGGAAGAUAAACCGCAAUCUGUAAACCCCUUGAUCCAGGCCCAGGACAACAGUCAGAAUGUAGAGACUUCUAUGCUUAACCCUAUUCCAGUACACACUACUCAACCACACCAAACUUCAUCAGAAUCAGGAGAAACUGCAGAGCCACGAGCACAGCACCUUAAAGAGAAGGAGAUGUCAGCUCAGGCCGAGUCCUCCGACACAGACCAAGAUGCACCAUUGGCCAAACAGAUGCUUUCUUUCAUCAUGGAUGACCCUGAUUUCGAGAGCGAGGAAGAAGUUGUGCAGAAAGUGACUAAGGUCUCCUUUCCAGUUAGAGAUGAUCUACCCAAUCUGUCUGAUGAUGACAUCACCACGGCUAAAAUCCCAGAGCCCCUGAAACCCACCGUGUUGUCCUUCAAAAGCAAGAAUGAUGAAGACCUCUUUGGCCUCGGUAUAGAGGAGAGGUCAAUCAAAAGUAGAGACAGCAGCGAGGAGCAAGAUGAAAAAGAAAGCAAGCAUUCUAAAGAAAAGAAGAAAAAGAAAAAGAAGAGUAAAGAGGAGGAUGAUAAGAGCAGCAAGAAGAAACACAAACACAAGAAAAAAGAGAAAGAUGAGGCAGGAGGGACUGGAGAUGAAAAAGAGAAGAAAAAAAGAAAAUCACGAACCAAGAAAACGGACGAUCUUGAAGCUUUUCUGACUGUUGAAGAAGGCACCACACAAAGAGAGGAGGGAGAUUAUGAGGAACUGUAAUGUUCAACAGUACACACUUCUCUGGUGAUGAAAUAUUUAGGCAUUGGCACCACAAGCUUGUACUAAAACACAAAAUAAAGCAUUUGGUGUUUUCAACAAAGCUUGUUUUGUCAGCCCAGCAUAUAACUGUGAUCUAAAUGACAGUUGGAUUCAUUUACUGUCAGAUUUCAAAAUGUUGCACUCUGGUUUUCCAGUUUCCAAAAACACUCCAACCUACGUACCUGGAGUGGGUUGGUGAGGGGUAGUCCGUACUCUUUGGGCUCAAUCUGCAAUAAGUGGAAAAGCCAUGCAAAACUGCUUCAUGUUGCAUGCUAUAUAGCCUUUAUAUUUUUCAGAUGGGAAUGAAAUGUUACUUCACCGUAAGCGUACAUUUUCUUUAAGUUUGCAUGCUUGUUUUUUGUGUUUUCAAUUUUUGGUUAUAUUUGAAACGCAUUUCCAAAGUAAACCACUACCACUCCAAAACAAUAGUAGAUUUAAUGCUUUAUUAGUAUGUAUAAAUGUUCUGAGAGAUUGCCUAUUUGUAGCUUUGCUGUGUAGUGUUUAAAAAAAGAUGCUGUAUGGUAGGAUUAAUGGUUUGCCCCAAAUAUAAUUGAGGAAUGUAACGUUCAGGCUUGCAAUUCUGGUGAAUAAAUGUUUGAAAUCUAGGUACUACGUCAAAACAGGAGUAGAUAAGACAAGAAAUAAAUUGGGCUUAAAAUCAGGAAAUGUCUUUGCUCAAAAUGCAACGCUGGACCAAUAAUCUAUUCUUGGAUAAAUUGAUGAAAAAUACAUGCUGUUUGGUUUUGCAAAGUUUUUCAUACCUUUACUUAUUUUUGUAGAAUUAGAAUUUUUGCACUCUAUCUGUUUUUCUCCUAUUAUUGGAUGGUGAUGCUGAAUUACAAAAAGAGUUAUUAGUUAAGAUUUAACACUGCCAUUUUUUAAAUAAUUUAAUAAAUUGUCAAUUAAAUUAUGUUUUGUUGAAAUUACUUUGUUUAAAACCCUAAAUUCAGUGGCUGUUUUUUUAUAUUUUUGGUUGUAUUCCUGUGCUACUACUGAAAGACAGCUUCUGCAAAGUCUUUGAUGCUGCCGAUGUUCGAAAUAAAAAAAUAAAAUGGU